AUGUUCUAUUAUCAUUUCAGAAGACAAGGUCGUAUUGUACCCGUACGACCAGGUACUGGAGGACAGUACCGUGUCGUGACACGGACAGCUACUGUAGAAGGGCAUUCCAAAGCUGUUCUAUCAGUAGCAGCCACCGAUGAACUCCUCUUAUCUGGAUCGAAAGAUGAGAAGGCAUUGAUGUUGCUUACGGAGCUUGCCGUCCUGCAGUGCGUUUCGUAA